CAAUCACUAAGCGACUACAUGGUUCAUCCUGGACAGCUCUCAAGACUGAUUCAAAAAGCACGAUAAAAAGUCUGUUCGUGAAAAGUUUACCAGUUGCUCUCAGCGCGAUUAGCAUCCUUCAUUACAUCAGAAACAACGUGCUGGCGAAAUAUAAGUCAUAGAACGAUCAUUUAGGAGUUUUGGACAGACUGAAAGGUUGAUUGGAAUAACUCUACUUUUUCACCACAUACUCUACGUGACGUCACUCAAGACGAUAAUUUUGCAGUAUGGAUGAAGGAGAGUUGGUGGAGUAUUUCAGGAGGCAGAUGAGUCAGGAUCCUGACAUGGCCUCUGCAGUGGCAGCUAUACGUUCACUCCUGGAGUUCUUGAAGAGAGAUCAGAGUGAGACUCUCCAGGGACUGAGAGAGAACCUGACCCAUGCCAUAGAGAGGCUAGAGGAGACAGAUUCCUCUGUGGCGGUGUCCUCUGGAGGGGAACUCUUCCUACGUUUCAUCAGCCUCACCUCACUGGAGCAUUCGGAUCUCUCGCAGUGCAAGAAUGUGAUGGUGGAGAGAGGGGAACUCUUUCUAAAGAAAAUUUCCUUGUCCAGAGGCAAAGUGGCCAAACUCUGCCACACCUUUAUUAAGGAUGGGGCUAAAAUCCUCACUCACUCCUCAUCCAGAGUUGUACUGAAGGUCCUGGAAAAUGCAGCAGCUGACAAGAAACGUUUUACUGUCUAUGUCACAGAAUCCCAACCGGAUUCUGCUGGGCAACAAAUGGCAGACAAAUUACGAAGACUCAAUAUUCCAGUCAUAGUAGUGCUUGAUGCUGCUGUUGGGUACAUCAUGGAGAAGGUAGACCUGGUAAUUGUUGGUGCUGAGGGGGUUGUGGAAAGUGGGGGCAUUUUUAACAAGAUUGGUACCUAUCAGAUGGCAGUGUGCUCCAAAGCCCACAACAAGCCUUUUUAUGUGGUGGCAGAAAGUUUCAAGUUUGUGCGUCUCUACCCUCUAAAUCAGGAAGAUGUACCUCACAGAUUUAAAUAUAAAGCAGAUACCCUGAAAACUGCUGAGGACCUCAACCACGAGCACCCAAUGAUUGACUACACCCCUCCCUCCCUCAUCACACUGCUCUUUACUGACCUAGGGGUGCUGACGCCGUCCGCUGUUAGCGAUGAGCUCAUCAAACUCUAUUUGUAAUACUUGGCUUAGUCAUACAAUCAAAUGACCCACCUGACCCUUAUGGCGUCAUGUCAGUUAUCUUGGUUUACCAAUAGGUCAUUACAGUCUUCUUGAUAUCCAUUAAAUAAUCUGAUUUCAACAUUCAGUUUGAUUUAAAUAUUCAGAUGAUUUUUACUGAUAUGUAUGCAACUGAUCUGUUAUAAAGGCAUGAAUGUCUAUGGUCAAAUAGCAGUCAUUUAACUGACCAAAAAGGGUGAAAAACAAACUAAUGGUAAUCUACAAUUUCUGACUGGCCAUGGAUUUAAAAUGAUCAAAUUAGGGAAACUGUCAACCAUGUAAAAUGUUAUACCCCAA